CGAAAUGGCUAAUAGCGCUGGCAAUAGUGGUUCAGUAUGGUUAUUUGUGAUUUUGUUUGACUUUUAUUUGUGAUUUUAUUACAAUUUAACUCAAUCGAGUAACUCAGAAUCAAUGUCUUGACUUCCCAAAGCUCUAUUAUUAAUUUUGGUAACAUCAAUUUAAUUUUCAUGAAAUAAUACAAUGUUGGUAUUCCAUUAUUUCUGAUGCAAGCCUAAAUUAUUCUCAGAUUAGGAUAUAUGGCGGGUUAUUCCCGGAGAAUUGUUUGUGUGAUGGAUCAUGAGGUAAUACGAUUAAUUCAAUUGAUGAUUAGUUUUACUUUUCAUCAAAUAUAUAAUUUAAAAAAUCUUUUGCAAUAUCGUCAACACUAGUAUUGUCUUCAAUAUAUGGAACCAACUAAAGAAAGAAAUCUUAAGUUUUAUAGCUAAGUUUUAUUAAAUAAGUGAAUAUUUGAAGCAUGUUUUGAACCUCAUUAAUAUUUAAAAUGUCAAACAUGCAGAAAAUCUUAACAGUGAUUGGAGUGUUAAUAUCAAUUCACCUUAGUACAGUUAUUUCAUUAAUGUCUUUAUCAUUUUCUCCAAUUGUUAUUAAUGGAGAAUACAAGACAGAAUAUCAACUUACCAUAAAUAAUACUGUUGAGUAUGUUUUCCUGUACCCUACUAAUAAUGUAACUGUUAUGGAAACUGCAAGAUUAGAAGUUGAAAGCAAUGCUACUACUGACGUCCCUCUUAUUGUGGUUGUACGUCAGAAAAAAGGAAUUCUAUCAUGGCAAAUUCCUCUUGUAGUAAAUAGUAUGUACUUUAAUGAUUUAGCUUAUAAUAAAACUGAUAGAACAUUGUGUUCACCCAAAUAUUAUCAGAGCGAAGCAGAAAAUCAAGAUGAAUUUCUUACUGUUAGUUUAUCUACUGGUAGUCAUGAAAAUAUUUUAUUUAAACUUAAUAUGACCAAAGUGUUACAUUUUUAUUUAAGUCCUGGAGAGAAAAGAUCAAUAGAAAUUUCUCCAUCUCAACCCAUUUAUUAUGGGUAUAUCUUUCCAGGACAAGAAGAAAGUUCUUCUGUAGUUGUUCAUGUUGAGUCUGAUAGUGAUAUUUGUAUGACAGUCUCAAUACAAAAUACAUCGUGUCCUGUAUUCGAUUUAGAAAGGAACAUUGAAUUUUCUGGUUAUUGGCAAACUGUAAAUCGACAAGGUGGUAUUACUGUGCCAAAAGAGGCAUAUCCAUUGGGUUUUUUUGUUGUGCUAGUAGUAAAAGGUGACGAUACUGACUGUUAUGGAGCACCUAGUAUGAUUCCUGUACGGAAUAAAAAAGUGACGUUAACAAUAAACACUAGUAUUACUAAACAAAAUUAUGUUAUUGCUUCGGCAACAGCGGUGUCUGUUAUUUUUACUUUCUGCAUUAUCUAUGUUAUAAGUAUAGUAGUGACGAAAAUCAAAGAAGGUAGAAAAAUUAAACAAGAAUUAUUACAUCAAGAAUCUGAGAGUAUUGCUGAACCUAUACCAAGUCCUUCAAUGAUAGAAGAGACCGGUCAGCAGUCAGUAUCUAUAGAUGAAGAUUCUUCAUUAGAUGAAGAUGAUAUUGAUUUAAUGGAAGAUGCUCUUUCCGAUAAAGAAGUGAUACGAACGAAACUUGUGCUUUCGGUUUGUGAUUUAGCUCGAAAAGAACCAAAAAUUCUUAGGCAUAAAUCACGGUUAUAUUUAUACUAUUUAAUAACAGUGGCCAUAUUUUAUACAUUACCAGUAGUGCAGCUGGUAAUAACUUACCAGCAUGUACUUCAUGUUACGGGAAAUCAAGAUAUGUGUUAUUAUAAUUUCUUAUGUGCUCAUCCAUUUGGAUUGCUAUCAGAUUUCAAUCACGUAUUUUCAAAUUUCGGAUAUAUAAUGUUAGGUUUGUUAUUUAUAUUCAUAACAUACUCACGAGAGCACAAUGAAUUGGAUCGAGAAAAAAACAAAUGUUACGGUAUACCGCAACAUUAUGGUUUAUUUUACGCAAUGGGUACUGCCCUUAUUAUGGAAGGAAUACUCUCAGGAAGUUAUCACGUGUGUCCAAAUCGAAGCAAUUUCCAAUUUGACACUAGUUUUAUGUAUAUUAUAGCGGUGCUUUGCAUGAUUAAGAUUUAUCAAACUCGACACCCGGAUAUAAAUGCUAGGGCACCAGUUACAUUUGGUAUCUUGGCGUUAAUCAUUUUUAUAGGAUUGCUUGGAGUUUUAAAUGGUUCCAUAUAUUUUUGGAUCUUGUUCACGAUCAUGCAUUUGCUAAUUUGUUUGUUUUUAACCAUCCAAAUCUAUUACAUGGGACGAUGGAGAUGCAGAGGUUCACUAACAAGAGCAAUACAGACCUGUAAAUAUGAUGCUCGUUCCGGAGUUAGGAACUUGUUUCGACCCUUAUAUCUAGCACGAUUUAUAAUGCUCGUUAUAGCAAAUUUAUGUAAUGUUGCUCUCGCAGUAGUAGGAAAUAUACGUCAUGAAAAAAAUUUCGCAACCUUCUUGUUAGCUAUAUUAAUGUCCAAUUUAAUUUUAUAUACCAUCUUCUAUAUCGUAAUGAAGAUUUGUAAUAAAGAAAGAAUCCUUCUUCAACCGCUAAUAUUUAUUAUUCUAUCAAUGGUCUUUUGGGCUGCAGCUUACUAUUUUUUUAUAAGCAAAACUAUCUCAUGGGCGUUAACACCAGCACAAUCCCGCAAUUAUAAUAGACCCUGCAAACUCCUAAAUUUUUUUGAUAAUCACGAUAUAUGGCAUUUUUUGUCUGCUUUCGCAAUGUUCUUCUCGUUCAUGGUAUUGCUUACUUUGGACGAUGAUCUAGUCGAUGUGCAUAGAAGUCAAAUACCAGUCUUUUGAGGGUAAUGACACGAAUGGAAAGGGUAUGCAUACCAUUUCAUUUCCAUUUUUUUUAUGUUUUUAUGACGAUAUGACUGUAUAUAAUAUACAUUUGAUCUUGAUAUUAACGAAUUAAAAAUAGUAUAAAAUAUAUAUGUAUAUAUAAAGAUCGUAUAGUAACUGUUUUAUAUUAAAUGCCUUAUUUCCGUUUAAACAAAUCCACAAAACUAUAUAUUAUUCCAUUAUUUCUUAUCAAACUGUCAUUUCUAAGGAUCGAAAAGUUUUGAUAUCUUGGGUAUCACGAGUGAAAAAAUAGUACUUAAUACUUUAAAACUUACCCAUCGAUUUCU